AUGGACUUCAUGGGAACCAGGAUCAGAACAAGUAAAGGCCAGAACGAGGGCCAGGCCUUCCCUGCUCCUCCCUUGGGCGAGAAACCAGCGUGGGUGACACAACUGAAGAAGGGGAUUGCUCAAGAGGCCGGUUUCCACCCAGCCACUGCAAAGCCAGGAAGAAAGGAGUCGUUGGACAAGGACAUUGGAGCCACCUCGGAUCCUCCCCAGAGAAGCCCGGCCCUGCAGAAAUGGCCACCGGUCAAAGACAAGGUUGCUCCAACGGUUCCAGCCAAAGGAGCGGCCGUUCCCGCUUCCCGGAACGCCGCGGGAGGCAUCCACGAGGCCACACGUCCCGCUGGGCCUCCGAGGAAGCCUCUGCCGGACAUCAAGGCGCUGGGAGCGAGGCCGGCCAAGCCCAGGCGCCCUCCUCGCGUGGAGCUGGAGAGGUUCCGUGCAGCUGCCCGGCCUGGGAAUGGCCAUCCUGCCACAGGAGCCGGGAGGAACACUAAGCCAGGUUACCUGAAACCAGGGAAGAAGAGGAGAUAUAUGACGACGUGGAGCCUGUUGGACUGCUUGGGAGAAACCAAGGGUUUCCGCUUCCCCCCGUGUCCCAGCCCCCGGCAUAUUCCCGCUCUGGAGGAGUUCGACGGAGACAUCCGCGUCCUCACACAAAUGAUGGUUGACCCUGCAGCAACGGAGAAGAGGGGCGGAGGGAAGAACCUCCCGCUCCGACGAGGAGAAAUUCUGGAUGUCAUCCAGUUUACAAACGAGGAGCAGAUCCUGUGCCGCAACAGCCAGAGGAGAUAUGGCUACGUGCCCCGGGCCGUGAUGCUGCGCCUGGACACUGACAUCUACGACGACGUUGAGAUCUACGCACGAAAUCCAGAUGACUUUAAUGGCCCCGAGCAGUUGGCUGUGGCCGAGAGGCAGUAUUUUUCCUUCCCGGGAGAGCUCCUCAUGAGGAUGCUGAAGAUGCUGAUCCUGCCCCUCAUCACCUCAAGCCUCAUGUCCGGGCUGGCCACCAUGGACUCCAAGGCUUGUGGGAAGAUGGGAGUGAUCACAAUCACCUACUACCUCUGGACGACCUUCAUGGCUGUGACCGUCGGGAUCAUCCUCGUGGUCAGCAUCCACCCUGGCGCCGCGGCCCAGAAGGAGGAAUAUUCCGUGGGGAAAGUGGUGCUGAGCUCUGCCGAUGCUCUCCUGGAUCUAAUCAGGAACAUGUUUCCUUCUAACCUCAUCGAAGCUUCAUUUCAGCAG